AACCCUGGUUGAUAGUUAAUAUAAGGGUUAUCGUUUUGGCCAUUUUCACUAGAAUACAGAAUUUAUCUUCUUCUGUCGGGUUUCUCCAGUAAAAGCUUUCCUAGUUUUGAAAAUACAAGAGCGCACUUGAGUAUUGACUAAUGUUACAGUUCUUGACCUUUCACCUCCGAAUUUUAAUAAUAAAAGAUAAAUUUAAAAAGUAACAUAAAAUAACUUUACAUUUUUCAAAUUAUUUGUCACAUUUUUUAAAUAAAAAUAUUAUUGUAAUUAUUUAUUUAUUAUUUAGAUUUAGUUGUUUAAAGUUUAGGAUAUACAUUAUUAUUAUCAUUAUUCAUUAUACUAUACUUAUAAGACUAAGACUAAGACUUAUACUUAUACGUAUAUUAUAUUAUUUUAGGCAAGGAUUAAAAUUUAACUUAAAUUUUAAGUGAUAGUUAUUUCACUGUGCAGCUAUGCACUAUUAUUUAUUAUAAUUAUUAACUAUAAAUAUAGGCCAUAUAAUAUGCACCUGUGCAUGGCAUAGUAUAAGUCCAGUAUAGGCGCCAUGGUCAUUCAUAGUCAUAGUCGAGUCAUAGUAAUCAUAUCAUCUCCAAAAUCAAAACCCGUCUCAUACUCGUGUCAUAACAUAAAUAAAAUACUAUACUGUUAUACUAUAAGUAUACGGAAACUUCAUAUUCAUGUAAUUAACUAAUAUUAAUUAAGCUAAGCAUUAAAUUAUCUUUCAAUCUCUUACUGUUAAUAAUAAUAAUAAUAAUAAUAGAGUAGGCAGGCAUUGAAUAUAGGCCUAAGUAGUAAUACUGAUAGUUUAUGGAUUAUGGCCCUUACUUUUUUCAAUCAAUUUUUGCUAAAAACUUUGUAUUAUAGUAUAUUUAUUAAUAUUAUUAUAAGUUAAUAAGUUACUAUAUUUAUAUUAAAAUUAUUAUUAUAUAGUAAAUUAUAUUAUACAUUUACUACAUAUGACAUAGUAUUAUAUAUAAAUUAUAUAGAUAGAUUAGGCCUACUAUUUUAUUUAAACUUAAACUACCAUUAUAAUUAUAUUUAUAUGAAUAUGAAUAUGAAAAAAAAAAAAAAAUUAAAUUCUGCAGUAAUUAGACUAAAAUUCUGAGAGUCCAUACAGCCAUCUAUUACAUAAAAAUAUUUGAAAUCCAUGAUUUCUAAUUGUUUUCAAAUACUAUAAAAAUAUCACCUCAAUGUUUCAUUAUCAUCAUCCUAUUACUUUUUGACUUUUUUGUUUUUUUAACAAGUUAACUGCUUGAAAUCGCACUAGUUUUACAGUAUAUUAAGUCCACCAUUCUUCUUUGUAUGUUUUAGUGUGUGUGAUGUCAUUCUUUUUUCUGCUACAGCAGUGGUUGCUAAAAUAUUUUUAUUCUCUGCAUGCUCGCAGAAUUUAGGUUUUACCCAGGUGCCCUAUUAACAAGUACACUUAAAAACGGCAAAUACAUUUUUGGAAAUUCAAGGGUUGGUAAAAAUAGAUUAGAAAUGUAUGUAGAUCACUACAUACUACAUAGGACCUUCUAUUAACCAUUUGUAGGACUUUUGCCAACAAUAAUUACUCAAGUGAGUAGUUGGUUCGCACCAGGUCAGCUAGAUCUGGUGUUCUAUCACAUGUGAUUGAAAGUAGAAAAAAUAGUUUAAGUGGUGUAAGAUUUCAUGGCACCCCUUUGAGGAAGCCGACUUGCUCCCCAGGGCAAUGCAACACCCUUUUUGGGGACCACGCCAGACAGGCAGCGUAAAAAACCAUGACACAUUUUUAACACUGUUUGCUGUGACAUUAUGAUUUGUAAAAUAAUAUAAUCAUAAUGGCGCCUACUAUAAACAAGUGCUUCAAAAAUGAUCCCCAAUCUUACUCUCCACAAUUACUUUACACCCACACCUAAAGCUAUGACUCCUAUGAUUAAUGGAAUUGAUAUUUGGUAUUAUCAAUAUAAUAUGAUACCUUAACAGUUAUGACAAAAAAGUGCUAACAGGGGAGUAAUUAACAUCUUUGUCAUUCUAUUUUAAAGCAGAUUUCUAAAGACAAACAAUCUGCUUUAAAAGAAUGGGAAACUUUUUUCGUAAAACAAUGGAUGAUAACUUAAAGAAAAAUCAGGAGUUCAUGCUGAAGAUGCAACAACUGCAGGUUAGUAUGAAUAAUUAACAAAUAUUUUUAGCAUUCAGUGGUUUUUUUUUAAAUUUGUAAUGAUUUGUAUGGAACAAUAAAAUAAUUUUGUGAUUCCACUGAUCACUUUCCUUAAAGGUGAAUAACAAAAGUAUUCCUGGUGUUAAUUUAAUACAUUUCUAUAUUAUCUCAAGGUUUUUUGUUUUUUAUAUCUGUCUCAAGGUGGUUUUUUUCAAAUCUAGAUCUACUUCUAAUUUCAUUUAGAUAUAACUGCUUAUUGCCUGUAGUUAAAGUAUUGCAAAAUAUAAUGAGGAAAAAUUAUAACAGAAUUAUAAACCUUACAUCAUACUCUUAAGUUAAUUUUCCUUGUCAUCUUAGUUGUUGUAUUUUCUUUACUUUUUCCCCUUGUCUCCCUUCUGAUGAAGGCAUUGUUUCAUCUAAAUUCAAGCUGUAGAAAGUUUGUUUUUUAUAUUUUGAAAAAUUUAAGAAAUAAGCCAAUAUAUAUAUAUAUAUAUGUGUGUGUGUGUAUAUUUGUUUCUUACUUAAUUGUUAUUAAUGUUAAAUUUACCCACAUUUUUAAUUUAUUUGUGUAACAUCACAGCUUUGCAUAUUUUUGUUUUUCAUUGCUAAAGCUGGAGCGUCAACUGACCAUGCAAAAUGAAAUGAGAGAAAGACAGAUGGCAGCCAUGAUAGCAAAAUCAAGAGAUAUCUUCUGGUUUUAUACUGCUUUUGAUAGCAUAGUCUCUGUUGCUCUUACAGCUGGGUAAGUAAACGAUUUUUAGUGUAUUUUUAUGUGAGAUUAUCAGAUUUAAUUCCAUUCUCUUUAAUGAUUGCUCUUUUCAGUGAUAGACCAACUGCUAUCAAACAAAAAUGAAUAAAAGAAUCCAUUAGUAUUUAUAAAGAACAAAAUUUUAAAAACAUACUUAAUACAGAUUUUCUGUUUUAAAGAGUUUACUCACACAGCUGAAAAAGUCCUUAUGUAUUUUAAUGGCAUAAGCAAGAUAAUAACUCGCUAAUGGAAUUUAAAUGAGAAGGGAGAAAAGCACUUUUAUUUUUAAAUAUAAUAAAUACAAAUGGUAGUACAUAUUCUAACCCAUAUUUUUGUUUUAAUUCAGAGCAUUACGCACAAAACGAUAUGGUCUACUUUCACCACUGAUUCCAUUAAGCUUUGUGUUUGCUUACCAAUAUGACCUGGCAUAUGGAUCUAAGUUAGAAAGAAUUAGAGGUAAGACACAAUGUUCAAAAUUAUAAAGGUAAAAUAAUAAAAUUAAAAUGUGCCUAAAGAUUUGGUUAUUGAAGAAUGAUAUUUUCAAACCCUAGCUAUUUUAGAAUUAAUAAGUGGAGACUGUUUGGCGGAGGCAUUAAGACUUACGAAAAGCUUUCGGGUGGUCUUGGGUUCAAGUUCCAUACCAAUAAACCACUCACCAGGCCUCCCAAAUCCUUACCAUGAAAUUCAAAGAAUAAGGGAGAAAACUCAGACUGACAAAAUCCCAGUAUAGAUACAAUAAUAUUAUUAAGUUUAAGCAUGGGGCAAUAAUAGCAGGCUGAAGCUAGAUGUACUAUUAACUAUUUAAGGCCAGAAACAAAUGAAUGAUGUCACAAUGGAAACAUAUGGAGAUGAAGAGAUAUAAUUAAAAAUAUAAUUUUAAAAAAUUAAAAAAAUAUAAAUGUAAAAUGAAACACAAAAUUUGUUUUAAUCAAAUCAAUUCUUAGUUUGUGAGCUCAGUCUAAUUUGUAAAUUUUAAGAGAGGGCAAUAGUUAAAUCAUAUAUUCUGUGUUUAUUUAUGUUUUAUAACUCACAAUUCACCCAAUUUGCUUAAACUUAAAACUAAAUAAUAAAUCAUCUUCAUAAUUAAAAUCAUGUUAACUUUAGUGAUAGAUAAAUAACUAAAGAACAUUUCAUGCAAUGGAAGAAAAAAAAUUAAACUUAAUGCAUGAACUAUAAGAAUCUCGCAAUACAUUAAAAGAUAUUUUUAUGAAGUCACCUGAUAAGUUUGAUCAUUAAUUUAUUUUAAAAAAAACACAAUUUUUUCAGAAAUGGCUGAUCGUAUAAUUGAUGAAGAGCACCAUCUCUUAGAUGUUCCUCAUGGGCUACCAACAUUUUCUUCUAUUGAACACGCUCGGUUGGAACAAAAGAAAGAUACUGAAUACAAACCAGGACAUGACAUAUUUUUGUAAACCCAGACAUUUUUAAGGUUUAUGAUAAAGGGAGGUAAAAUUUGUCAAUGCAUAAAGAUUUAAUAUUUAUCAGUUUGAUAAGUAAGGGAAAAUGGCAUUAUGUUAAAAGAAAAUUUAUCCCCAGCCUUAUUAAUGGACAAUGGUUAUCUUUAGGCGAUAUGAUUUUGAUAAAUAUCUCAAUUAUUUGUGGAUUGUCAUUGUAUUAUUAUUAUAAUAAUUUGUUUAGUAUUUUAAAAAGUUAGUUUUUUUCAGGUUAUAUACUUGAUGAGCAUCACCAACAUGCGUAACUUUGCUGGUUAAAAUAGGUUGUCUUUAUUUUUAUAUUGUUAUUAUUUAUAACAUCAAGUGAAUCGGUCUUUAUAAUUAUAACGGUAUUCAAUGUCUUCUUCCUGUAUGACUUAAAAAUUUUUGUACAAAUAAUUUUAUACAUUUUUACAUGUCAUUUAUCCAUGAUGAACACACUUGUACUUUAGUCAUGAUUGUUGCUGUAAUCACCAUUUAUAUUAAGGUAUGCUUUACUGUGCAUAUCUGCAUAUCGUCUAGUUAGUAGUCAUCCUAUAGAUCUACCUUAUUUGUUUUUAAAGAGAAUACAUAUAGUUUCUUGUUAGUGUCAUCAACUUUUAUAAUUAUUUACUUACUUUUGAUAAAGCCAUGUUUUUCUGAUACAUUUCAUACCUUCAUUUCAUUGACAUUUCAUAUGAAAUAAAAAGCAUUAUGUGAUCUGUAGGUAAAUCUAACCAGGACUGACAUCUUCUUUUACGGAAAUUUUUUUUUUCUUGAAACAUACAAAUUGAUUUGCUUGAGAUAUCAUUUAAAAUAGUUUGUAAAAUAGUGUCAUAUUUUUGCAAUCAAGUAUAAUAUGGGACCUCUUCGUAACACUUUAAAAUAUUUUAUACAUGGCAAAAAAAAGAUGAAGAUAUUGCUUGUUUACUAUUCAAACCCAGCAGAGUUUUUAUUUUUUUACACAGCUGUGAAAAGAAAGUUUAAUGUUAUUUUGUCCAUAUAUCAUGUGUUUUUGUUAAAAUUCAUAUAUUUUACUUUGAUUUACAAUUAUACACUAUUUUUACCUCUUUUGCUAUUGUUCAUUUCUAUGUAUGCCAAACAUGUAACUAAUUUAGUUAUAUUUUAUUUUACACCUUACUUAUUAAUACAUUUCUUUACAAGGACAUAUUUGUUAUUUACUCUUUGAUAAUUACACUCUGUGACACUCACACCCUGUGACACUCACACUCUAAACAAAUUUGGCAGUUCCUGAAAAAGUCCUGGUCAAAGCAAAUUGAAAUGUUUUAGAGAAUAGAAAUAGGCUGCAAAAAAGAGUUGUUCCAUGCAGAUGUAAAUUUAAUGAUAGAAAUUGUAUAAAUAAUGGAGGCAUUUUAUAAAGUGAUGCAGGCAUUUUUUUCGAAACAUUUGUCAAAUGGGCUGUAACUUUAACAAUUUACUUUCCCUGUUUAUUUGUUGUCUGCAUAAGCUUAUGAAAAUAUAACUAAUAAAGACUUUAAAAAUUAUACUGCCAAAUUGUUUUAUCACUAAAAGUUCACAAUUUCAACGAAUAUCCCAGAUCAUUUAAGAAGGCUUCCAUUGAAACUUUACUUGUUAGAGCUUUAAAAAUUACAUAGUAAUUUAUGAAAUUAAAUAAAGUGAAGAUAUUUUCUCAGGAAUAAUUUUUUGCUUUUCUGAAUUGAUUUUAAUUUUAUGAAACCAUAAGAACAUACUUUAAUACCCGGCACACUAUGAACAAUAUUAGCGCAACAUGAAUACAUAGAAAUGGAAGGAAAAACUGAGAUUGGUCUAUUUUACUUUAAAACAUCUAU